AUGUCAAUGGCUCCGCCAGAGAGGAAGGCCCUCGCUGACUUGGCGUGGUACGUGGGGCAAGAGGGUGGCGUGCUGACUUCCGGGCGCCUCAGCAACUUCUGCAAGUGGUUUCCAGCACACCAUGCCCUGAACAUCAAGCAGCUCUGCAAGAACUGCCCGGACUUCAGCGUGGUGGACCAGGCGGAGGGGCAGUGGACUAUUCGCCUGGCGUCCGUGGAGCAGGAGGCGGUGCGCAAUCUGGCGGCGUUCAUCCGGUCCAUGGGUCGCCCGCUGUUGUCCAAGGAGUUCUCCGACCUUCAGUCUUCCCACAAGGCAUCAGCGGCGGUGGUGUACUCAGGCGACCGGACACUGUCCAGGUUCUGCCAAGAGCAUGACGAUACCUUCACUGUUGAGACAAGCCCCGGCCGCCCGGGAAUUUGCAUCGGCCUGAGGUCCUGGGCUCGCAGCGAGCUCCCGAUACUUGAAGACCUCACCGCCUUCCUUUGCGAGAACGGCGGCUCCGUCUCCUCGGAGCGGUUUCAGAACUUCUAUGCCAAGCAUCCCGCGCAUCGGGAAGCGAUCCCCAACUUGAGGGCCUUCUGCUCCAGGCACCCGGAUCGCUUUGCCAUCUCGGAGGGCACCAACUCGCCACAUUGGCGGGUGACGCUGGCACAGCCGCCAUCUGCCCAACUUGCCGCCCGCCUCGCCAUCUUCCUGGAAGACUGCGACCAACCCAUGAGAUGGGAUCAGCUUGAUGGUUUCUACAAGAAGAACCCGGAUUUCCGCGCGGUGAUCCAGCAAGCAGGUGGAAUCCGCAGCUUCUGCGAGAAGUACCCAGGGUUGCUGCUCUACGAAGCGCUGUCGGGGCAGACGGAUAAGAUCUAUCUUCCCAAGCACUGCUGCCUGUUCAUGCGCGGCAUCUGCAACUUCAGUGAGCCCCACGGCAAGUAUCUGCACGCGAGCCCUGCACCUCAUGGGCCGCUACGGUGCGGCUACGGACGGCGCUGCAACUAUGGGCACUGGCAGCUCAUCGAGCAGCAGGCUUUCGCCGACGCGCGCGGCAGCGCUGCCGCUGAAGCAUCGAAGUCGAGGGAUCCGGAAGGGGACGAGGCCGAUUCGGGCAGCGACUGGGAGAGCAGCUCCUCGGAAUCGGACGCGGGGGUGCAGGCCGCAACCUGGGUUUAA